AUGCCGGAGUCACAGAGACGAGCGCUCCUCCGGCGACACCAUGCAGUCUAUCUGACCACGGGCACCGAGGACUCCUCCCUCUGGUGCCGGCUCCUCCAGGGCUACCUCUCCGAAGGUUCCGCAGAGGAAGCUCUCCUCAUGCUCACGAGGGGCCUCCCACGAGGAGCCCGCCGUCAGGUGCUGCCGGCAGCGCUCAAGGCCUGCGCCAGCCUCUCUCUCCUCUCCCUUGCGAAGGCCUUCCACGCAGAAUCCGUCAAAGCGGGGCUGGCCUCCAACGUCCGUGUGGGGACGACCUUCAUCUCCGUGUACAGCAAAUGCGGCGAUACCAAGGAUGCACGUAGGUUCUUCGACGAAAUGCCUCACAGAAACGCGGUCACCUACAACGCGAUGAUCAGCGGCCACUCCGGCGGCGGCGACAUGGCCGCUGCGCGUCUUCUGUUCGGCCAAAUGACUGCUCGAACGCCGGUGACUUGGACGUUGAUGAUAGAAGGCCUCGCAAGGGAAGGGGAUAUUGCCGCCGCCAGGGAGUUCUUCGACAGGGCGCCCCCCGAAAUGAGGACCGUGGUCAUGUGGACUGCGCUGGUCCACGGGUACACGGUCAAUGGCCAGAUGGAGGCUGCAAAACAGACGUUCGAGGAAAUGCCUUGCAGGAACUUCUUCGUCUGGUCCUCGAUGAUCACUGGGUAUUUCAGGGAAGGAAGGGUGGAGGAGGCCAGAAAGAUGUUCGAGCAGAUUCCUGCGAGAAAUUUGGUGAAUUGGAAUACCUUGAUCACUGGGUACACGCAGAACGGAUUCUUCGAGGAGGCUCUGAGGUCCUUCCAAAGGAUGCAGGAGGAGGGGUUCGAGCCCGAUGAGGUCACAGUGGUGAGUGCUCUCUCCGCCUGCGCGCAGGCGGGAUCACUGGACUGCGGCAAGGAGAUUCACAGGCUCAUCCACGGGGCAGGGAUCAGACUUAACCAGUUCGUCCUCAAUGGGCUCGUCGACAUGUACGCCAAGUGUGGGGAUCUGGGGAGAGCCGAGAGGAUCUUCAAAGGGAUGACCCGGAGGAACAGAGAGUGCUGGAACACGAUGAUCUCUGGCCUGGCCAGCCAUGGCCGGAGCAGGGAGGCGCUGGAGCUCUUCUCCCGGAUGGAGGAGUCGGGAGAAGAGCCCUGCGCUGUCACAUUUCUCGCGGCUCUCUCUGCAUGCACCCAUGGCGGAUUCGUCCAGGAAGGGCUGGAACUUUUCGCGAGGAUGAAGAGGAGGUACGGGCUGGACGCCGGGGUCGAGCACUAUGGAUGCCUGAUAGAUCUUCUUGGCCGGGCUGGGAAGCUGAAGGAAGCUUAUGGGUUGAUCAGAAUGAUGCCCAUGGAGCCAAAUGAUGUGGUCUGGGGGGGUCUGCUCGGUGCCUGUCGGAUCCAUGGGGAGGCAGAACUGGCAGAGCAGGUGGUGAGGGAGGUGGAAUCAAGAGACGAUGCUAGGUUUGUGCUGCUAUCGAACAUCUACGCCGCUUCAAGUAGAUGGGAGGAAGCAGAGUACAUGAGGAGGCAGAUGGUUGACCAUGGAGUUCAGAAGAUUCCCGGGUGCAGUUUACUUAGUGUGGGGGUGGCAGAUGAAGGGCUGACUUUGAACAAUUCAACUCUGUUGCACUGA